AUGGUGGUUGAUUUUGAGCCGAGGGCCGCACCGGGCACCCUGGUAUUUUAUUCCAUGGCGAUACAAGUGGCUGGGGUUAUGUUAUUAAUGACGUGCUGGCAGCGGCAGCUCGCCUUCGAAAAGUUUUUCCAUUACUAUCGCCACGCAAGGGAUAUUGAAUCGGAAGAUCUGUGGAUUGAAAGAGCCGCUUCGAUCAAGCGGAAUUCCCGCCGCUUUUGGAUAGUUCAGUCAUACGUCCUUGGUAGCGCCGUGAUGUUCGCCGGAAUGACCUUUAUGGGGCGCACCAAGGAUCUUGUCCAUAAGCGCUUUUCGGCGGUAUUUUACUAUCCCCAAUUGGUAUAUGCACGUCCAAUGAUGAUGAUAUUUUACUGCACAAUAUUAAACGUUGCCCUCCAUACGUAUAUUUGCCUGACAAACGCCAUCUACUGGGAGGCUAGGAAAUUUAAUCGGAAGUUGAUUUCGUUGAGGGCUUUCGAUCGCAUGGACAUGCGUGUAAAGUUAGAGACGCUGAUCCGGCAUCACUCGACAAUUCAUCGGGCGGUUCGCGAGUUGGACUCUAUUUACCAGAUCUACGCCUUCUUCGUGAUCGCCAUCACGAUCCCGGCGACGCUAUUCGUCAUGCUGAUGAUCUUCUCACGACAAAAUGCGUUGGAGAUAAUUCUCAGUCUACCAGCCCUGGCCUUUUGUCUGUACGAAUACUACGGAAUCAUGUACCCAGCCCGGCUGCAUGAAGAGCUGAAUCGCUCGAAAGCAACGUUGUGUAUGAAUCAUCACGUCUGGGUACCUUACGAGAAGGGUGUCAACAAGUUAGCCCAAACGUUGGUGAUGCACGUCGAACAGGCGAAUCUCGGGAUAUCUCUCUGGGGCUUCGCCAUCGUCACAAAACCCCUGAUACUUACUACCGUUUCCGUACUAAUGACAUGCUUGGCGUUUUUGAUGGAGCUUCGCCCGAGACCCGGGCAAUCCAUUAUGGGUCGAAAUAAUUUUACAAUGAGCGUAGCAAAUCUUCACCCGGAGACCCUGGCGCUGGCCGCAACUCCAGGAAAAAGGCGAGACACGUCA